UACCCCUACAAAAACAGCUUAGAUAUCAACAUAUGGGAACAAUAACUGCCACAAGAAAACCAAGAAUUUGACCUUGUGUAUUACUGCAAACUUAAAAACAAGUCUGUUUUCACUAUGUCUUUUAAAGUCUCUUUUCACUUCGAGAGAGGCUGUGGCACUGUGUGUCUUUACAGUUGUUAUACUUAUUCCGUAUUUGAUUAAUGACAGCUCCCUCGUGAGUCGCGACCAAAGAAGUAUCCCUUGCUCAUUUAAGAGAUGUAUCUUUUAUCAAAAGCUUUCAUGCGUUCAGUUGAUCAUCAAUCGUUGAAAGAGUCCAGCUCAUCGAGAACAAUGUUCGACAAGAAGACAAGAAAUGAAUUUCAUAAGCCUGAAAAAAAUUAAUAACUGGUUCAGUUGUAGCGCCGAGCCUAAAAUAACCAGCUCUUACUUUCUAAAGCCCUGUAAUCUCCUUCAAUGGAGAUGUAUCACGAGCUUGUAUAUUUUGCCAGCUUAAGGCUUUUUAAUUAGUUAGGAGGUGACACGUUUCCGCGAAUAAUUGCACAACCUGUUGCUGUCAGCAACAGGCAUCUCAACAGUACGUAGCUAAAUAAAUUGCUUAAUAUAAACCGAUCAGGUUUUCUAUUGCUUAUGGAAAAUGAGUGGAUAUGAUUAUUUUUUAUGCCGCUAACUUGAACGCUGGACUGUGCAAAGACCUGUUACUUAUUUGGACUAAGACUAUGUAAUGUUUCUUUCAAAAGCUUCAGGAGAGUUUUGAUUGCAAUAUAAAACCUGUCUUGUUAACUUUGCACAGAAUUCCGUCUAGUCUAAACCAAUUUAUCUUUCAGCAAGCUCUCGGGGCAAGCGUUGUAUUCUUCAGACUUUUACUGAAUUGGUCAUAAACGAAACAGUUAAAUGUAUACUGAAAGGCUCGUCGGCCUUUGAAUAUAUGUUUUUGAGAGGGAAGAAAAUUGUUUUUGGAGCGAGUAACGUUUUAUGGAGGAUGUAUGCCACUAAAUGCAGUGGCUGCAAGACGACCAUCCCUGCAAACGAGUUUGUGAUGCGAGCAUUAGGAAAUGUGUAUCACAUACAAUGUUUCGUGUGCACUAUGUGUGGCCAUCGCCUUGAAAAAGGCCAGGAAUUUGCGUUAAAAGAUAACAAGUUAUACUGCAAGGACGACUAUGGAAAACUUCCCACAAAAGGAUCAUCAAACAGUCCGCCACACAAGCCGCAACAAGAGAAUGUAAUAAAUAACAGUUUUAAAAAUGAUAAAGAGACAAAAUCGGAGAAAGCGGACAAUUCUGAUUCUGACGAUUCAUCAGUAAUUGGUGAUGAUGAAAAUGACGACAAAAAAGGACCAAAGAGACCUCGAACAAUACUCACAAGUCAACAAAGAAAAAUAUUCAAAUCUGCCUUUGAAAUUAGCUCUAAGCCUUGUAGAAAGGUCAGAGAAGAACUUUCAAGAGAAACAGGUCUCAGCGUUCGAGUUGUGCAAGUCUGGUUUCAAAAUCAGAGAGCAAAGAUUAAAAAACUGGCCAGAAGAAACAAUCCGGAGUCUGAUGGCGCAGCUAGCUGUAGAGUUAGUAAUCGACAAAGAAGUCUUAAAAAAAGUAAAGACGGGAAAUCGUCAAGUCCAAGAGAUAAAAGGCGAACUGAUAGAGACAGUCUAGAUCUUCCUCCAUCACUCUCCCCUCCCCCACAACUUCCGGGAUCCCAACCCCCUCCCUACGGAAUGCUUCCCCCUCAAUACCAACAUUUGCAAAAUCAUAUGGGACCAAUGAUGGCACCACCGCAGUUCCAACCGCCGUACCAAGGACCGCUUAACCAUAUGGACUCUGGGGAAAUUCCCAUGGACCACGGAAUGCAAGCUAUCGAUGAAUGUAUGAUGCGGCCGCAACAGUUUAACCCCGGGGAUAUGGGCGGAUACCCCACCGCUACAAAUCACAAUGGUCAGAAUCACUUAGAACUUAUGCAUGAUAUGAUUAAUUCAUUCUAAUUUAUUACAAUAUUAGAAGUAUAUUGUAUCGUAAUUAUUGACUGCGCCUCUUUGCUAGUAACUUUUUAAAAUACUUUCAAUAUUGCUGUUAGUUUGGAAUGUACAAUUUGUUAAGUUUUAUUGGUAUUCAUUCAUCGUUGUUACUAAUUAUCAUGACACUACUUGAAAACAUUUUCGAACAAAUAGGUUAUCUUUUCGGAAACGUUUUCCCUUUUUCUCUGCCUUUCUUUGAGAGAAAAAUUUCUUUUUAAACCCGUAAUUUAACUUGUCGAGUCAUGAUCAAGAAAACGAUCAAAUAGUUAUCACAGUUUUAAAAAAACAUUUAGGGAAAUUUUACGAGUUAUUGUUCCGUAAGUUAAUGGAAAAAAGCUGCUAGGCUUAGAAGUCGUCACACCCUAUAUCGCUAGUCACCACUCCCUCUCUCGCAACGUCUUGCUGAUUAGAAGAAUAGGUCUCUUUUGAGAAAACUUUAAAGGAGUAAGUAUCCUAGGAACUUGUGAAUACUGUCCUUAACUAUGAAGUGUUUAACGGACAAAUCAUAAAUCUUUUUCAUCAGAAAAUCGUGAGUUAGGUGUAAACGCUUCUAUGCCUGUGAUUUAUGGAGACUGCAAACACUUUGUGAUUGCAACAAUCACCUUUUGCGUGCAGAUGUCGUAUUAUACUUGAGGAAAAUAAAAAAAAAAAAAAAAA